AUGGCAACUAUUACGUCCGUCAAGGCCCGUCAGAUCUUCGACAGCCGUGGCAAUCCUACGGUUGAGGUUGACGUACAUCUAUCGAAUAAGCUCUGGGCCAGAGCUGCCGUCCCUAGUGGUGCAUCCACUGGAGUUUAUGAAGCUCUUGAAUUGAGAGAUGGAGGGUCAGACUACCUUGGCAAGGGUGUCUCAAAGGCCGUUAGCAAUGUAAACACCAUCAUUGGCCCUGCACUCAUUGGAAAGGACCCAACAGAUCAGACUGGUAUAGAUAACUUUAUGGUUCAACACCUUGAUGGAACUCAGAAUGAGUGGGGGUGGUGCAAACAGAAGCUUGGUGCAAAUGCCAUUCUGGCUGUCUCUCUUGCCAUAUGCAAAGCUGGAGCUGCCGUUCUUAAUAUUCCCCUCUACAAGCACAUUGCCAACCUUGCUGGUAACAAGAAGCUGGUGUUACCUGUUCCUGCCUUCAACGUUAUCAAUGGUGGAUCACAUGCUGGAAACAAACUUGCUAUGCAGGAAUUUAUGAUUCUUCCAGUUGGAGCUUCCUCUUUUAAGGAGGCCAUGAAGAUGGGUGUUGAAGUAUAUCACCAUUUGAAGGCUGUCAUUAAAAAGAAAUAUGGCCAAGAUGCCACCAAUGUAGGGGAUGAGGGUGGCUUUGCUCCUAACAUUCAGGAGAACAAGGAGGGUCUUGAGCUGCUCAAGACAGCCAUUGAAAAAGCAGGUUACACCGGAAAAGUUGUCAUCGGAAUGGACGUUGCUGCAUCUGAGUUUUAUGGAUCGGACAAGACUUAUGACUUGAACUUCAAAGAAGAGAACAAUAAUGGCUCACAAAAGAUCUCAGGUGACCAGCUCAAAGAUCUGUACAAAUCAUUCGUGUCUGAGUACCCAAUUGUAUCUAUUGAAGAUCCAUUUGACCAAGAUGACUGGGUGCAUUACUCCAAGAUUACUGGUGAAAUUGGAGCUCAAGUACAGAUUGUGGGAGAUGACCUCUUGGUCACCAAUCCCAAGAGAGUCGAAAAGGCAAUCAAGGAGAAGUCUUGCAAUGCUCUUCUUCUUAAGGUUAACCAAAUUGGAUCGGUUACCGAGAGUAUUGAAGCUGUAAAAAUGUCUAAACAGGCUGGUUGGGGUGUAAUGGCAAGCCACCGCAGUGGAGAGACAGAGGACACUUUCAUUGCCGAUCUGUCCGUGGGUUUGGCCACGGGCCAAAUUAAGACUGGAGCUCCAUGCCGGUCAGAACGUCUUGCGAAGUACAACCAGCUGUUGCGAAUUGAAGAGGAACUUGGAUCUGAAGCUGUAUAUGCUGGAGCUAACUUCCGUGUACCUGUCGAGCCCUAUUAG